AUAGGCUUUUUUGAGUUUGGGCAAGGACACAGGGGCCCCAUGAUCCCCUAUUGCCCGGGGGCCCCAUGGGUUGUCAGUCUGCCCCUGAUAUAUAUAUAUGUAUAUAUUUAUAUAUAUAUUCUUAUGUGUCUCCUAGAUUGUGUAAAACCGCUUUUGAUCCUGACUUCUCUGAUCCUCCCCUUCUUCCAGUGUCCCUCUCUUAUCUCCUGAUAAGACAUAUCGUGUGGAGUCACUCUGAACAUGCUCAGUUUGGUGUGUAUUGCUAGAGAGGUUUUUUUUUUUUUUUCUUGGGAGAGUGCAU